UCUCCAGCCUUGUUCUCCAUGCCUGUGGGAGAUACCAUGCCACACUUUGACGAGGCGGGAGGGGGUCACCUUUUGCAGGAAGGCAGCAGCCCGCUGCAGCUAUAUGUUCCCUCCCUCAAUGGCAAAGACUUCCUAUCCUCCUCAUACUUGUCAUCGGUCCGGCCGCCAUUCUCGCUGUGUCAUGGUACCACCACCCUGGGGUUUGUGUUCCAGGAUGGCGUCAUCGCGGCGGCGGACAGUCGCGCAAGCUGCUCGGGCCUGAUCGCCUGCCCGGCCGUCCAGAAGAUCAUGCCGGUUCACUCCCACCUGGUGGUCACCACCUCGGGCAGCGGAGCCGACUGCAUGCUCUGGCAGCGCAUCCUGGCCCGCGAGUGCCGCCUCUACCACCUCCGCAACCACCGGCGUCUGUCAGUAGGGGGCGCUGCCAAACUGCUCGCCUACAUGCUGCAUCCAUUCAAAGGCACCGAUCUGUGUGUGGCGCUAACACUGUGUGGCUGGGAUGAGCCUGCGGACUCUUACACCCUCUGACCUUGUGACUUUGGGAACUGACCAAUCCGGUAGCCAUGUGCUACAGGCCAUUAUGACAUCAGCGAGCGACAAGGGGAGAGGCAAAAUACUGAGGAGGCAGGAGG